UCCUGACGACGACUAGGACGACGACGACACGACGACUAGGACGACCACGACGACAACGACAAUCAACAAUGUCGCCGAGGUUGAUAUUCCUGUUAGGAACCCUCUGUUUAUUCGCCGGAGAACAAGUAAGAGCACAAGAUGAUGAAGGAGCCGAUGAACUCGAUGCAAAUGCCGAAGAACUUUGCCAUGAUAGACCGGGUGACGAAUAUUUCCGGUUAAACGUUGGAGGAGAUUGUCGCGAUGUCGUCAGGUGCGACAAAGCCAGUGAAAUCGGCGUUACCAGGUUGGCAACAGUACGAUGUCCGACCGGUCUCGCUUUCGACAUUGAACGACAAACCUGCGACUGGAAGACAAAUGUCAAGAACUGCGAACAGCUGGAGAAACCACGUAAGGUCUUACCCAUCUUAAAAACCGACGAACCAGUUUGCCCCGAUGGAAAGUUGUCAUGCGGAAAUAAAGAAUGUAUCGACAAGGAGCUUUUCUGUAAUGGCAAGCCUGAUUGUAAAGACGAAUCUGAUGAAAAUGCAUGUACCGUCGAAACAGAUCCAAACCGUGCGCCAGACUGUGAUCCAACACAAUGCGUUUUACCAGACUGUUACUGUUCAGCUGAUGGUACUCGUAUUCCUGGUAACAUCGAGCCUCAACAGGUUCCACAAAUGAUAACAAUUACAUUCAAUGGAGCAGUAAACGUCGAUAAUAUCGAUCUUUACGAAGAAGUUUUCAAUGGUCAACGACAAAAUCCUAAUGGUUGCCAAAUACGUGGUACCUUCUUUGUUUCUCACAAGUAUACAAACUACUCUGCCGUUCAAGAUCUCCAUCGACGUGGUCAUGAGAUCGCAGUUUUCUCUCUAACUCAUAAAGACGAUCCCCAAUAUUGGACCCAAGGUACCUACGACGACUGGUUGGCCGAGAUGGCCGGAGCCAGACUUAUCAUCGAACGUUUUGCUAACAUUACUGAUGGGUCCAUCAUUGGUAUGAGGGCUCCAUACCUCAGAGUAGGUGGCAACACGCAAUUUGACAUGAUGGCUGAUCAAUUUUUCGUUUACGAUGCCUCCAUCACAGCAUCCCUAGGACGUGUUCCAAUCUGGCCAUAUACUCUUUAUUUCCGUAUGCCUCACAAAUGUAACGGAAAUGGUGGAAACUGUCCGUCGAGGUCACAUCCGGUCUGGGAAAUGGUCAUGAACGAACUCGAUCGUAGAGACGAUCCAACUUUCGAUGAAUCUCUACCUGGUUGUCAUAUGGUUGAUUCCUGUUCCAAUAUUCAAACUGGUGAACAAUUCGGCAGAUUACUCAGGCACAACUUUAACAGACACUUUAACACCAACAGAGCACCACUCGGUUUACAUUUCCAUGCCUCGUGGUUAAAGAGUAAGAAAGAAUACAAAGAAGAAUUGAUCAAAUUCAUCGAAGAAAUGCUUGCUAGAAGUGACGUUUACUUUGUUACCAUGGUUCAGGUCAUCAAAUGGAUGCAAACACCGACCGAACUCUCAGCAUUGAGAGAUUUCCAAGAUUGGAAGGAGACUUGUGACGAGAAGGGUCAACCCUACUGUUCCUUGCCAAAUGCUUGUCCACUAACAACCAGAGAACUUCCAGGCGAGACUCUGCGUCUUUUCACCUGCAUGGAAUGUCCUAACAAUUAUCCAUGGUUACUCGAUCCAACCGGUGACGGUUUUGCCGUAAAGAAAUGAACAUAGGACUGAAAUUUGCUCGAUUUUACAUCGAGACGCGCGAUUUUCCAACGAUUGAACGCGAACAUUAAAUACAAGCAGGGAAAAAAUGUCACCGGAAAAAUCCUCGUGCAUAUUUGAAAGCAAUUCUCCGGUUGACUCGAAAUUCCCCUAUAGCUAAGAAAGUUUUAAAAGAAAAACACACACACACACACACACAUAAACUAAAAAGCUCUCGUAUAGUAUAUAGUAUGGGACUAUAGAAAAGUUUUAACACAUAACAUCUAGUUAAAACCAUUCCGAUCUCAUCGAAGUCGUGUGUUAAUCUCGCUUUUAGCUUGAUAACCGCCCUAGCUUCGUAUUUUCGUACUUUUCUUCUUAUUUACGAAAUAUCGUGCACAAGUGGUAUCAAUAAGUUAGCGAAGUGGAAAAUUAUUUGUUGAAAGUAAUGUGUAUUUAUAAUUGUACGUCACAUCGUGAAUAAAGCGUAAAAUCCAUUAUCUGUUAUUUUAUAAGCAA